AUGAAUAUUGAUCCGCAGCUUGUUACAGCCAUCACUUGCCGUCAGGACAGGCGUGGGGCUCCCCCCGCUCCCCCCGGAGCCCCUCGGCGGGGGGAGGGCGGCGCUCGCUGCGCCCCCGCGGAGCUCCCCGCGGCCGGCGGCGGGGAGGGGGCGCGGGGCUGCGUGCCAAUGGCUGCGCUGCCCCCUCCUCUGCCCCCACCCCGCCGCCGGCCCCUCCGCCCGGCUUCUCCUCCCCGCCGCUUCGCUCCGAGCCUCCAGCGCCCCGCCGGCGGCUCCGGGAGGCGGCGGCGGCUCCGCGGCGGCUCCGCGGCUGCUCCGCGGCGGCGCUGCCAACCCAGGUCCCCGGCUGGAGCGGUGCGGGGGAUGCCGGAAUGCCCGGACGGCGGGGCCAAGGAGCCCCCCGUCCCGCAUAGGAUCUCCUUCUCCAUCUUAGACAUCCUGGAUCCCCAGAAAUUCACCCGGCGAAACCAGGCGGCCGCGGGGAGCGGGGGCGAGCAGGAGAAAAGUUUGGCGAGAGUUGAAGUGGGAACGGGCGCUGCUCGCCCCGGGAGCGGCUGGGAUAAGCUAGAGGCGGAUGAUGCGGAGAGCGGAGCCGAAGCAGCGGCCGAGGAGGGUCCGGGAGCUGCCGGCACGACCCCCGGCCCCGCUCCCGGUCCCGCAGCCCCGGAGGAACCGGGCUCGCCUCGGGGCGGGCGGCGGCGCCGAGCCGAACCGAGCUGCGCCAAACCUCGGCGAGCCCGGACGGCUUUCACCUACGAGCAGCUGGUGGCCCUGGAGAACAAAUUCCGGGCCACCCGGUACCUGUCGGUGUGCGAGCGCCUCAACCUGGCGCUGUCGCUCAGCCUCACCGAGACGCAGGUGAAGAUCUGGUUCCAGAACCGCCGCACCAAGUGGAAGAAGCAGCACCCGGCCCCCGACGGCUCGGCCGCCCCAGCGCCCCCCAACACCACCGCCCGCGGCCCCCCGAGCCCCCCGGCGCGCCCCGCCGCCACCCCCGGCAGGACUCUGCCCCCCUUCGCCGCCGCCGAGCUCCUCUUCCCGGCCGCUUCGCCCUUCCCGCUGGCCGCCGGUCCCUUCGCCCCCUUCCUGGGGCCCGCCUACCUCGGGCCCUUCUACGGCCCGCACCUCUGA